CAUGCAUGCACCAUCUAGACAGAGACACAAUUAAGUCAGCUGAGUAAUUGUGUAACGAAGAUACAUUCUUCAUAUAUGUGUCUAUUAAGAUCGAGUCAACACAUUUGCUGCGAGCAAGUUCUUCAUCACUGUUAUGAGAAAGCAUGCAUGCUUAGAGGCCUCUGUACAUAAGGGCAAGAUCAUAUUAUACAUGUGGAAUAGGAAUCGAUCGCGACUUCUUUAAUUCUCUCUUGCACUGAUCAAAAUCGCAAACAUACCAUAGGUUCUCUUCGUAUGUUUGCGUCAGGCAUGUUCUCGGGUAUGUAUACAUAUCUCAAACACUGCAUGAUUGAUAGCUCUCUGCCUUUCUGAUUUCUGCAUUACCCAUGAUGCAAACUUAGAGUAUUAUAUAUGUGCCUCAUGCACACUCACUCGCAGAGAUUGUGACCCCGGGCGAAUGCCGCACGAAGUCAAAGUACGCGGUUUCUCGGAGCUUAGCGAGGGCUUGGAGCUUGACUUUGUGCAUUCCGUGCCACGCGAGCUGACGUGUUCCUUGUGCCAGGACCUGGUCGGCAUCCUCUGGCUGUCGCCCUCGUGCGAGCAUCACUUCUGCACACGCUGCCUCGAGGCACUUCUCGGCCAGGCCAGCAAGUCUUUCUGUCCCGUGGACCAAGCCGAAAUCUCUCGUGGGCAGCUUGUUGAGGACACCUCUGUUCAAGCCAAGGCAUCCCAGUUCCAAGCUUGGUGUCCCAAUCGUGACCAGGGCUGUACGAUAACACCUCGCAUCUGCGACCUCAAAAACCACCUGAGACAGUGCAAUCAAGUUAUGAUGUCGUUCGCUCCUCCGGGUGACGGUGGCAACGGCAGUUCUUCAGCCAACAACGAAGCUAAUGGCUCGGCCGGCAGCAGCGGCAACAUGGAACCUGAUGGGACUCCGAGGUGCUGGAUGGCUGACUUUGGCUGUGAUUUCCAGGGUUCUGCUUCAGAGGUGGAGGCCCACGAAAAUGACUGGCAGCAACACAGGCGGAUGAUUGUGACACGUCUUUCCGAGUACAGGCGCAACUUGGAGGACAUCCAAAACGAGCGUGACAUGCUUCGCAACCAAGUGAACGAGGUGAACGCCACUUUGAAAGGACUGAACCUUGGCUUCGAGCACCACUGCACGCACUCUGCGGGCACACAGAAUGAGUUGAGACUUCGCAUCCAGCAGAUGGAGCAGAGACUGGCACAACUCGAUUCCCAGGGUGCAACGGUCCAGCCUCAGACAUUUCAGCUACAACCUCCUCACCCACCAAGUGCCCCAACUAACUUCGAGAGCAUUGGUUUUUCCAACCAGGUGUCAAUGGCUCCUACAGAAGCACCGAUGGCCUCCAUGGCUUCUAUGGCUUCCAUGGCACAGCCAGGCCUGUCAGGGAGCAACGAUGAAGUCAUAACUCGCCCGGACGGCCAGUUUCGGUGGCUUCUGAAGGAGUACUCGCGCACCAAACGCCACCAACGCCACGGCACUCAUCGCUAUGCGUCCAGCCCAAUCUUCUGCACCGGAGUGCCCGGCUACCGGCUUCAGCUUCGGAUACACCUCAACGGCAUGGGCCAGAGCCGGAAGGGGCGUUUCAUGGCUGUUCAGCUGGUCCUGCUUAGGGGCCCCAACGACUCUGAGCUCCCGUGGCCGUUUCGACACAGGGUGACGGUGACCUUGCUGAACCAGAAUGGGCCGCAGCACGUCGGCUACACCAUAAACGACCCCAGCUUCCCGCGACCCCAGGGUGAACACACGGUGCCUUACGUCUGGCAGGAGUUCGUUCGCCUUCAGCGACCUCGAAGCCAACCCCGGCUUGGCUUGGAACGACUGCCUCCUCUUCGAGCUCACCGUGACACCACCUUCGCCACCGCCGCCAGGAUUGUACCCACCCCUGUGAACAUCCUUCCAGAUGUACCCUUAUUAAGGCUGCUUUUAAGCCAUUUUUUUUAAGUCCAUACUUUUGCUACAACGUACAUAUGAGCUUGCUACUCCGAGCACUGUAGUAUCCCAAUAUUGUACACAGCCAGAGCGGUCUAACAUCAAAUGACAUAGGCUACUCUCCCUGUGAAUGCCUUCUUAGGCAAUUUUUAGUGCUGUUUUUACACCAUUUAUCAAGUGCAUUUACCCCCUUUUAUUUUUAAUCUUAGCAAAAUUUUUUAAAUUUUACAUGUGGUAGAUAACAAAAUUCUACUGGCUAAGGCAGGUUGCUCGAGGAUGGGGGCAUUAUUUUGCACGUUAACUUACAGCAAAUACAUAAUUUGCAAAAUUUCACUUAUUAACUUAAAGCUCAUCACUUUGGAGCACAUGUUGCGAGUGAUUGAUGAAGUAAAGCCAGCAACUUUGCAAGGCUCACCCACUUGGAACAGAUCUUGAAACCAGUGCCAGUUUUGAGAUAAGCACUUUCAAAGUUAUGGCAGCGCGGACUAUUGUUCCGCUUACUUUUUGGACAAAACGCCUUCUUAAGCAGUGCAAGACAAACUUGACUGAAACACCAAGGCAUUCAAUUGCACAAUUUAUUCAUGCAUAUUUUGGAACUGGUGGCAGGCUCAGAAUUCCUGCGAAGUGAAUACGCCUUACGCAAUAUCUACCCAAAGUGAUUAGAAAGUUAUAUAUAGUGAGGCAUUGUUAACUCAAUUCCGACUGAUUGUCCAAAUAAUUUCUGCCUCUGUGCAGUCCAGCUAAGGAGUAGAAUUGUGCUAUCUACCAGAGGGUAUUUUUUCAAUUUCGGCUCAGAUUUGUAAAGUACCGCAUAUAGGCAUGUCUAUGUGAGCUAAGUACCGCAGUCAAAAUUUGUUAAAAUGAAGUCGGCAUCCAGCCUCAAGUAAGGUGGCAGGACCUAGGGCCACUAAACUUAAAAGUAUUAUUUAGAAUAGAAAAGCUUUAUUAUAGGGAAGGCUUUCCAGUAACAUUAAGAUCCUAGAUGUUUUACAUAUUUAUCAGAUUUCAAAACUGUUACUCAUCAUAUUUUGGUUGGCCCUUUUACUGCUGCAAGUUAGUGCAAUAUUGAAAACAAUGCAGUUGUUUCAUUCGUAUUGGAUUUGUAAAUGCAGCAGGGAUUUAUAUACAUAUUUUAUGGUGCUGUUUUAAUUCAGUAUUUUAUGGCUUGGUUUACAAGUGGUCAGAUUUACUGACAUUUUAUCUAUGCUUUGCCAUUGCAAAGCUUACUUUUAUUGUUCCCGCGUCACAUGUUAUUGUUUCGCAAUAAAACUUUGGAAUACCAUUAUGCACGUAUUGUCUAU